AUGAACGAGGCGCGUGGGCCGAGCCGAGGGGGGGAGCGCGGCGCUGCGCCCGCGGACGAGACCACGGGCGUGGACAGAGACCACGAAGCCCUGACCAGCGUGGCCGUGGAAGAGCCCGUGUCUGCUUCGGGAGAGGGGGCGCCCUUGGCCCGUCUGCGCAGCCCGCGCCCCCUCCUGACACCCGCCUCCCGGUACCUGAGCGUCUCCGCUGCGGGGGAAACUCCUGUGUGGCCCCGUGGGAAGGGGGCCCUGGAGCAGAGUGGGCAAGGCCUGGGCUCCGGCAUCCGAGGGGCUGUGAGUGCCCCUCUCGAGUGUGGGGUGCGGGGGGCCAGGCGGCAGGACAGCGGGCAGCAGGCGCCUCUCCUGUUGUCCACACUGCAGAGCGAGGCUCGCGUGAGCACCUGGAGAAACCGACCCGCGGCGCAUGCAGCCGCCCCAGACCCCGGGGGCCAGCACAGCCAGACCCGACCGCCUGGGGCCAGUCCCGGAGCCGCCUGGCCAGGGCCGCCGCUGCCCGCCUGCCCCUCCCCGGACCAGAGGCCUCCACGCCGGAGCACGCGGCUGGGGCACUGUGCAGGCGGAGGCCGCAGCGGGAGGCCCGGCCAGGUCAGCCGGGGCAGGCGGGCGUGUGGCCCCGGGACCGCGCCGCCCAGCCCUGCCCUGCGCGCCUGGCCUCCCUCGGCGGCUCUGCCGGCCGCCAGCCCCAGUGCCAGCCCGAGGCGUGCCAGGUGCCGAGUGGGGGUCCAGGCCCUGGGCGGGGGGCAGCGGGCAGCACGGCGUAUGCGUGGGCGACGGUACGGCCACUCACCGGAGCUUCUCCUCACAGAGCUGACCCGCGGCACCGCUGGCACGACCAUCGCUGUUGCCUCCGCUGAGAUGCCCCAGCACCCCGUAGGGGCCCGGCCCCCCGCCGCCCCGGCUGCGCCAGCCCGCCCCGGCCGGGGACCGUCCCUCCUCCACCCGCCCCCCGCCCCCGGCGGCCCCCUGGGUGCCCGCGGCCAGUUGUGUGAGCCGCGGCCUGGGCGGCGUGGCUGGCGGGGGGCCCGGGAGGCCCGGUGGGUGGCGGUGAGGCCCAGGAGCUCCCCGAGCGGCCGGUGCGCCCCCGCCCCCGCCUGCCUGCGGGCGCUCAACUCCCCGGGGGGAGUCCUGGGCAUCCUCUGUGGGGCGUCCUUCCUGCAAGGCAUGACGGUCAACGGCCUGGUCAGCACCGUGGUCACCUCGCUCGAGCGGCGCUUUGACCUGCCCAGCACCCAGAGCGGCCUCAUCGCCAGCGCCUACGACGCGGCCGCCUGCCUGUGCCUGCCGGUGGUCAGCCACCUCGGGGGGCGCGGCCACAAGCCCCGCUGGCUGGGGGCGGGGGUGCUGCUCAUGGGCGCCGGCGCCCUGCUGUUUGCGCUGCCCCACUUUGCCGCGGGCCCCUAUGAGGUGCCGGGUGGCCAGGCGGCCGGGACCUGCUGGGCCAACCGCAGCUGGGCCUGUGGGGCCGGCGCCCCGGGCCUGCAGGGGUACCAGCUGGUCUUCGUGCUGGGCCAGCUCCUGCAGGGCGCCGGCGCCACGCCCCUCUACACGCUGGGCGUCACCUACCUGGAUGAGAACGUCCAGCCCAGCCUCUCUCCCGUCUACAUCGCCACCUUCUACACUGCGGCCAUCCUGGGCCCCGCCGCCGGCUACCUGAUCGGAGGCGCCCUGCUGGACAUGUACACAGACCUGGGCCGCCGGACGGAGCUGACCUCUGAAAGCCCGCUCUGGGUCGGUGCCUGGUGGGUCGGCUUCCUGGGCGCUGGGGCUGCCGCCUUCCUUGUGGCCAUCCCCCUCCUGGGCUCCCCGCGGCAGCUGCCAGGCUCCCAGCGCCACGAGGCUCGUCAGCUGCAGGCCAGCGGCCGCGGGCCGGCCGGCAGCCCCCGCUUCAGGAGCGCCGUGCGGGAGCUGCCAGUCGCCGCCGGGCUCCUGCUGCGGAACCCCGCGUUCGUGCUGCUGUGCCUGGCCGCGGCCGCCGAGGCCACGCUGGUCGCCGGCAUGUCCACGUUCGGGCCCAAGUUCCUGGAGUCGCAGCUCGGCCUGAGCGCCCCGCAGGCCGCCUCCUUGUUCGGGUAUAUGGUGGUGCCCGCGGGCGGCGGCGGCACCCUCCUGGGCGGCAUCCUGGUGAACAAGCUCAAGCUUCGUGGCUCGGGCAUGGUCAAGCUCUGCCUGCUGGGCACCCUGGCCAGUCUGCUGGCCACCCUGGUCUUCUUCACACACUGCCCCAACGUGCCCGUGGCGGGCGUGACGGCCAGCUACGGCGGCAGGCCCCUGCCCAGUGGACACCCGGAGCUGACGGCCGCCUGCAACGCCGCCUGCCGCUGCCCGCCCGAGCUCUACAGCCCCGUGUGCGGCUCCGACGGCCUCACCUACUACUCGCCCUGCCACGCGGGCUGCCCGGGGACGACCGCCAGCAGCCCCGGAGGCCAGAAGGUGUACCUGGGCUGCCGCUGUGUCCCCCAGAACCUCUCCUCCGGCCUUGGCAACGCCACCGCGGGGAAGUGCGCCUCCGCCUGCCCGGGAAAGCCCCUCCUCCUGGCCUUCAUGGUCGUGCUGAUCCUCUUCACGUUCCUCGGCAGCGUCCCAGCACUGACCGCCACCCUGCGGUGCGUCUGCGGCCCGCAGCGGUCCCUGGCCCUGGGAGUGCAGUGGAUCGUGGUCCGAGCACUAGGGAGCAUCCCGGGACCCGUCGCCUUCGGCUGGGUGAUCGACCGGGCCUGCCUGCUCUGGCAGCACCAGUGCGACCGGCAGGGCUCCUGCCUGGCCUUCCAGAACGCGGCCAUGAGCCGGGCCAUGCUGGUGGCUGGGCUGGCAUACAAGGUCCUGGGCCUCCUCUUCUUCGCCGCCGCCUGCUUCCUGUACAGGUCGCCGCCCGGCUGUCCAGAUGGCCCGGAAGCCUCCCUGCCCUGCCGGGCCGCCGCCCCCAACAGUCCUGCGGGUCUCCAGCUCCAGAGCAACGUCUGAGCUGUGCCAUGCUGCAAGCCAGCACCCACACCCCCAGGGCGC